GCCAGAUUGGAUCGCGACUACUAUCCGCGAUCCAGAUUUGGGUCUAGCCCAUCCCAACCUCGCCUCAAACGAGGAGAGCGCUCUAUCUCUCCGGCGGCGAAGUCAUCAGACAUGUGGACCUCACCACCUCCGCCGCUUCCCCUCCAACUCCGUCGACCGCCACCUCCUCCCUUCCUCAUCCGCCGUCGUAGCCGGCUCAACCGCAUCGCCGCCUCACAGGACCCCCUCACCGCCCUCUCCCGCCUCCUCUGGGGGCGCGCGCUGCCUCCGGCGCCCCUCGUCCUCGCCGUCCGCCACAGCUGGACCGCCGCGUGGCGACUCCUCAUUCGCCAGCUCGCGCCUUCCGACCCCGCAACAGGCGCCUUCACCCGCACCCCGUCCCGCUUUCCCGCCGUCGUGGGGACGCCGAGCUCCCGCCUCCACCUCUACGUGGGCCUCCCCUGCCCCUGGGCCCACCGCGCCCUCCUCGUCCGCGCGCUCCUCGGCCUCGAGGACCGCCUCCCGGUCUCCAUCGCUGUCCCUGGCGACGACGGCGCGUGGUCCUUCACGCCGGACAGCCCCGACGCGCUCUACGGCAAGCGCAAGCUCCGGGAGGUGUACGCCGUGCGGAGCGGCGGGUUCCAGGGCAGGGCCUCGGUGCCAGUGCUCUGGGACGCCGAGCGCCGCGAGGUGGUGUGCAACGAGAGCAUCGAGAUCGCCAAGUUCCUAUGUGGCCUCGCGGAAGGCGCCGACGGCGGGCUCGACCUGUGGCCGCCAGAGCUUCGCCAGGACAUCGACCGCUGGUACGGCGUCAUCUACCCCAGCGUCAACAACGGCGUGUACAGGUGCGGCUUUGCGCAGAGCCAGGAGGCGUACGACGCCGCGGCGGGCGAGCUGUUCGGCGCGCUGGACAGGCUCGAGGCCCACCUCGCCGGCUCGCGCUACCUGUGCGGGGACAGGCUUACGCUGGCCGACGUGUGCCUCUUCACGACGCUGAUCCGGUUCGACGCCGUCUACAACCCGCUGUUCCGGUGCACCAGGCGGAAGCUGGCCGAGUACCCCAGCCUCCACGCCUACACGUGCGACAUAUACCAGAUGCCCAAGGUCACCGAGACCUGCGACAUGGAGGCCAUCAUGGCGGGAUACUUCAAGACCCUCUUCCCCCUCAACCCCGGCGGGAUCCAGCCCCUCGCACCGGCGAGCUGUGACCGUGAGACGCUCUUGAGGCCGCAUGGCAGGGAGGCCUUGUCCUCUGCUGCUGGUAGGCCGAUAGAAGCAGCUGGUGUUUCUUAAUUCUGGUUAUGAACAAAGCUUCUGAAGGACAGCAGAAAGAGUUUGGACAGGCUUUGCCUUUUGUAGUACCAAAUACUGAUGUUUCACAGGAUCAAAUCACAUCAGUAGUUUGGGGGUGAAGAAGAUAAACAGUUUGUCUUCACAAGGCCUAAUAUAAAUCCUUCUUUGGAUUUCAUGUUUGUCUCAGGGUCCUCUUUGUAAUGUGCGGGAUGUAAUCACCUGUUAUCUAAUAUAUAUCCAAUCCCGUUUCGCAAAAAUCA